GUUAAAUCGCGCUUUUUGAUUAUAUUUGUUUUAAACGCGAGUGAUGCCGACGCGACGACGCCUUCGGUGAUUCCGAUUUCGUGGAUUAUUUUCUAAUCGGAAAAAAUGUUCCAUUUAAUGGCGGUUUUGCUGCCGCUGUCCUUCUUCGGUGCGUUAGCGGCAAAGGUCACCGCCGACUACGACAACAGAACGCACGAUACCGGUCACAGUUCCGACUUCCAUCUCGAGUACGUCCUUCUGGAAGACGAAACGCAUCCCUGUUCCAGACCGUGCGUCCGCGAUCAGCCGCCCAUGAUAUGCCGCUACCAUUUCAAAGUGGAAAACUACUUCACCCUCACCAAGGCGUGCCAUGACUGUCCUAAAAAAAAGAGCGACUGUUUCCGUAAGGACUGUGUUCCGGGUGACGGCCAUAGCAGGGGGGUGUGCUCGGUCAACAGGAAAAUACCAGGACCUGCAAUUGAGGUAUGCCAGGGCGACCUUAUCGAAGUCGACGUGGAGAAUCACUUGAUGAACGAAGGCACCACGGUGCACUGGCACGGCCAGCAUCAAAAAGACACCCCGUACAUGGACGGUGUGCCCUUCGUCACCCAGUGCCCCAUAUUGCCUUACACGACGUUUCGGUAUACCUUCAGGGCGGUCAAUCACGGCACCCACUUCUGGCACUCGCACCUCGGCAUGCAGCGGGUGGACGGAUGUUUCGGGCCGAUGAUAGUGAGGGUGCCGGCCGAAGAUGACCCCCACGAUCAGUUCUACGACCACGACUUGAACGAGCACGUCAUGGUGCUGAUCGAUUGGGAGAAGGAGACGGGCUUGGAGAAGUUCUUAUCCCACCAUCACAGUAUCGGCGACAAUAAGCCGGCUACGCUUUUGGUGAACGGCUUUGGGAGGUUCAAGGAGUUCGAUGGCGACGACAACGUCACCAUUUACACGCCGGUGGCCAGGUUUCGCGUAGAGCAGGGCUACCGAUACCGUUUCCGGGUCAUAAACGCGGGCUUCCUGAACUGUCCCAUAGAACUGUCCGUAGACAAUCACACUUUGAAAGUAAUAAGCUCAGACGGCAACGACUUCGCGCCAGUUGAAGUUCAAUCCUUGGUCACCUACGCCGGCGAGCGCUUCGACUUCGUCCUCUCGGCCGACCAGCCCAAAAACCUCUACUGGAUGCGAUUUAGGGGGCUCAUGGACUGCGACGAGCGCUUCUUCAGGGCGCACCAGCUGGCAGUGGUGGAGUACAAUGGGUUCGAAGUCGCCGAGCAGGUCCUCGAUAACGACGAGUACCUGCCUCCGGGCGAUCCGGACUACGACAACUCGAAAAGGGAAGGCAAGGUGAGUCUUUGGAAGCGCUCGAAAGAGGGCGCUACUACUGUUGCUGUUUGUCCACAGCAAAUGAACGCUCUGAACCGGGGAACCGAAGACAACUCUACCGAAUUCGUCAGCAUGCCCCAGUUGGAGUCGUUGCAGAAGUGGGAUGCCAGCUUAAAGACGCACCCGGACUAUCAAUUUUACAUCGCCUACGAUUUUUAUAACCUCAACAACCACAACUUUCACAGGCCAGGAUACGAGUUCUACAACGUGUCACCGUCGACCAAUCAGCUGCAAACGCCCCAAUUCAACCACAUCUCGAUGAAAGUGCCGUCGUUUCCCCUAUUACCGCAAAGGGACGAAGUUACCGAGGGCAUGUUCUGCAACGAAAUGACCGUCAAAGACCAAAACUGCACCACCGAGUACUGCGAAUGCUCACACGGCUACGAGAUUCCUCUGAACUCCGUGGUGGAACUGGUGUUGAUCGACGAAGGUUUUGCGUACGAUGCGAACCACCCGUUGCAUUUACACGGCUACGCGUUUAGGGUGGUGGCGAUGGAAAGGAUGGGGAUGAACGUUACGGUGGACGAUGUGAAGAAAAGAGACGAAGCGGGUUUGAUCAAGAGGAAUUUACUAGACGCGCCGCUUAAGGACACGGUGACUGUGCCGGACGGGGGUUACACGAUCGUUAGAUUCGAAGCGAACAAUCCAGGAUAUUGGAUCUUCCAUUGCCAUAUCGAGUUCCACGCGGAGAUCGGCAUGGCUUUGGUGCUGAAAGUCGGCGAAAACGACGAGAUGCUUCCGGUGCCCCCGGCAUUUCCGAAAUGCGGAAACUAUUUGCCUCCGGAGGACGCGGCGGGACCGCCCCCCGCGCCGCCCGACUGCAGCAGGAACCUGUUGAUAGCUAAGUUUCAGAAGUACGUCUUUUUGAAGGACUGCAACGAAAUUAACUCCGCGGCGACAUCGAGCGGAUUCGACGGCUCGUUAAUACUCGCGUCGCUGUUAUUCGCAACGUUGCAUUGACCUGGGGGGGGGGGGGGGGGCACCAAUAGUUCGCAGAUUAUGUGCGGUUAGUUUUGUUACUUUGACGGUACAAUUGAAAUUUGGCAAGCCAGUAGUUUUAAACAAUUUGUUAUAUUUUGGCAACCCUUUAACUAGUUUUUUUUUAAAUGAUCAAUUUUUUUUGCUAACAAAUUGUUUGUAACCUUUUGACGUAUAGAAAAGAGCAGCUAAUUAUGCAGCUAAUGUCGACGCUACGCCACUUUGUCUCUUCUAGUUUUUAAUUAAAAAAACCCAUCUUUUUCCGAAAUUGCUUAAUAUUUAUUUAUUUGCCAACAAUUACAUAAAUAUUGACUAAAACUAAUGUAUGUAUAUUAGAUGUGUAGAAAAAGUGCAGUAUUCUUAAGCGUUAAGAUAAUAUUAAGACUGAUGAAUAUUGUGAUAUUGAAUGUAAUGGUCCUUUUA